AUGGCGUUUUUGUGUGGAGUGCUUAGUGGAGUGAAGGAUGAUAAUAACGUUACAACAUACAAUAAAUACAUUAAAUUAACAGAUAAUCAAAAUGAUUUACAUACUGUCCUUCAGGAUCUCCAAUCUUCCAUUGGCCAGGGACGCAGUGUCUUUGGUGAUCAGGUUGGAAAGGUGGACACGUCAACUUUUCAAGUUACCCAUGAAUUAAAUGGGCUUAAGAAGGAUUUAGAAGGUAAGUACACUGAACAGAUUCAUAAUACGCAGGGACUUCAAGAACAGCUCAAGGAGUGGAAGACUACACUAACUCACAUAGAGACUGACGUUGAACAUAUAAAAAGUAAUGUUGAUAGAUUAGAUAAACCGUUGCACAGUAGCAUCACACAUAAAAUAGAACCACUUAGCGCGGCAGUGAGAUUGUUGCUUAACUCUGCAAAGAGCGUGGGCUUAGAGCAUCAGGUGCUUAAGGUUGAUCAUGAGUUGGUGAGGCAACAGAAUGACGUAAUCAAGGCAAUUGAUGUGGAAAGCCAUAAGGUGCAGAUGAAGUUAAGGGAAGAGUUUCAGAAGAUUAAAAACUAUAUGAGUGGUCUUUACAGACUACAUACUGAGCACUUUAAGGAUCUGAAGAAUCGUGUGGAAUCGCUGUAUGACAAGACACAAAUGCUUUUUGCCGGGUUUAAUGCGGAUUAUAAAGAAUGCAUUUCGCGGUCUUUUGACCACAUAAAAUUGCAAAUAACGGACAUUGAUAAGAGUAGAAAUCCUGAUAAAAAUAUGUGUAAGCUUAGAUCGGAAAUUGACGCCUCCAAAUUCAAUCUUCUUGGAAUGGAAAAUGUUCUGGGCAAUUAUAUGGACGAGUUGGAGAGGUGGAUGGAGAUGACCAAAAUGUUCAUCGAUGAGGCGGAACACAAGUAUGUAAAGAAAAUAAUAGAAAAGGAUACGGGCUUUCAAACUCGGGAAACACUUGAAACUAUUGCAACUAAAGUGUUGGAGCAGAAGAAUAUGGCUCUGAAUGAUUACAUUAAGACGGAUAUAAGAGAUGAGCUUAACAGGAUGCUUACAGAAACAAAAGAGAAGGUUAAAGAAUUGGAUGACAAAGUAAAAGAAGAUUUGAAAAAGGCAAAGGAAGGGGUCGACCAGGCAAUAUCGGGCUAUGUUAAACAGCAGGUUAAGGCGGUAAUUGACGCUAUAAAGGCGGCCGAUGCCUCUUUCAAUGGUAGGGGUGGUAAGGGUGUUCAGGGCUUGCAGAAAGUGAGCGCAUUGAGAGACGCGCUUUUGAAGGCCGGUGAAGAAUUGAAAGCAGACCUGGAAGGUGCCUUGAAUUUUAUCAAUUUGAACGAUGAGACUAAACCCGAUAGUUGGAAAACGGACGACUCAAAUCCCAUCAUUGCCGCACUCAAAAAAGACCUCAGCAAGGCAGUCGAAAAUAGAUUUGUCGGAUAUAUGGAGAAAGACAUUAACGUGGGAAGUAUCAUGCGCCAAUUCACUUCAACGAAGGGAGAGAUUUCCAAUUCGCUAGACAAUAUUAUAAAUGUGGCCUCCGGGUUUAGCGUCCAAGAAACGAAAAACGAACUUGGCACAAUCUCAACCCAAAUCACCGACAAUCUCAAAAGACUAGCCGAUGAGUAUGCGGAUGCCGGCAGGUAUAUUAAUCGUUAUUUGUAUGAUUUAAAAAAUGACCAUAUAGGUGCUGUUCUCAUGGCACUUAGGAACAAAACGGCACGUUAUAUAAUCGAUAAAGUUAAGGAUAUCAUCACUGGCAUAAACUCCUCCAUCGCCAUGGUAGGGUACCUGGAAAAUGCACCAGGUCAGGUUGACGCGAAGAAAGAGGAAGUUAAAAGACUUAUGGACCAAUUAAACAUUCGUAUACAGGGAAUAUUAGUACAAAUACAAGAACUAUCGACCGCCAUAAGUGCUGCCGAUAAAGUGCUAUUCGAAGCAAUGGACGUAGUAGACAAAUCAGUUCGCUCAGCGCAAAACGUUACCGAACAUGCCGUUGACCAACUCCGAAUCGAACUUGCUUCCAUCACCAAAAAAUCUUUUGACAUCGUGACUAAUUCCGUCCACUCCCUCUUCUCCGCCUCCCACGCCGCCGACCUCCAGGCCCUGCGCGCGCUCGUCGACCAGCAACUGCGGGAAGUGCAAACAAUAAUCGCGCGGGACGCAGUCACGGGCGUGAAGGGGAUGCUGAAGACGCUGAGUGGUGUUGCCAUUGGUGCUAAAAAUAUGAAUUUCACUGAUCCAAAUAAUCUGCUUAACAAGCUUAAAGAGGCUGUGCCUUCUACAACUCAGAAGCCUACGACCCCUCUGUCGGCUGAAGAUUAUCGUAAACACUUUAAGGAGUUGGCUUUAAAUUUCAAGCUUUAUCUCGACUAUGUUCUAGAUUACACAGGAGACCAGGUAAAAAAUCCGCCGGCAAAUGAAGGUCAGCCGUUACUUCCCACUGAGCAAUCUGCCAAGAUUGUUAAAAUUCAAGAGGGCCUGAAAGCUUUACUUUAUCAUCUUGGUUACUACGAUGAUAAAUUACAAAACGACGAUCCGAAGAAAAAACGUGUACAUAUUUUCGACCAUGAAUUCUCCUCAUUACUCGCCUCCCUUUCCUCUUCCAUCUCCUCCCUCUCCCCCUCCACGUUCCACGGCUUCCACAACCCGCUGCUCCUCGACGCCCUCAAGGCCGGCAUGACGCAAUUCACCGAGCAACUCGGACACGCUUACGUGAAUACAUACAGUGGUAGAAUCCCUAAAGAUAUCUGGGUGACGCAAGAGCAAAAACUUAUUGACGGCACCCCCAAAACUAUAAAAGUCCUUUCAACCGAGGGCCGCAACUGCGCCAAGGUCUGCCUGACCAUACUGGAGAUGAUGAGUGAAGACUUGGCAUAUUUGAAAGAAAAAUGUGAUACGAAAAAUGGCCCUUGGAAACAUAACACAAUAUGCGAAACAGACGAAAAUAAGACCAAUAAACUCGGACUUUUUUUCAAGAAUCGUGGCUUCACCAUUCCCAGUGGUGAGGGUUCCAAGCAAGAUGGACAGUUGAGAUGUAAAGGCGAUAUGACAGGUGGGCAUAUUUGUCAAAAGCUUGAUGACGUAAUAUCUAACGCCAAGGAUGAUGAACAUCUCAAGGCGUGCAAUGCAACAAAGGAAAAUGAAAUUAAGUUUAAUGUCAUCGGUAUCCUUGACUGCCUACUCAGUCACCUUCAUCAAUAUUACAAAGUUAGUCACAUCUCUUCAUUCGCCGCCAAAAAGUCACCAUGCUCCGUCUAUGAGAUGCUCUCCUGGUGCUGCGGUCUGGAGUAUAACAGUGCUUACGAGAAGCUUAAGCAGCAUUGUCAAAAGCUUUGUGAUGAUGAGAAAGACAGCCAUUUAAAAACUAUACUCUCCAAGCUUCACAAGGACGGUUUGCCGUAUCUAUCUAGCAAUUCACGUAACUUGCUAACCGCUAUCCUCGGCACAGGGGAUGAACACACUACGUACGCCUCCGAUUUUUCUACCAAUUCCCUUUCGCUCAAAUACCCUGGCAGUGGAGCGGAGUGUCUUGACAUGCUUCUCGAUAUUCUCCGUCGUUUGUUCCUGCCACUUAGAUUCCUGGACGCUCAGUGUAGUCUAUCAAACAAGCAUUAUGGCUGGGCCAAUUGCCAAUAUGGCAAGGACAUCGCUCCAGUCAACUGGCCAUGCAAGGACCAUUCAACCAACAAACCAAAUGGACAGUCAGCGUCUAAACCAACUUGCCAGGCAAAUGACCAACCAAAUGGUCAACCAAACUGCCGACCAACUUCACCUUUAAUGUCCUACUUAAAUGAUUGCUUGCCGGGUCACUUGCCGCACCAGUUAAUCGAUGCCGGUUGUAAGUCAUCGUGUUCCACCUGUAAGACAGCUGCACGCGGCGUGCCUUGCUUGACGCCACUUGGCUUCAGAGGUUUCUCUGGAAGUACGCGCCUGGGCAAAGAGCUAUGUAACGUGCUGACCAAAUUGCUCGAUGACGCUGACCUCAGAUCCAUAUUCUGCCUUAAACCGAAAACGCCGGCUUCGCUCCCAGAGCACUUCGGUUUUGUGUUAUCGUUUGUUAAGGAUUGGAAUGACGGUAAAAAUUCACAUAAAAACUCUAUCGAAAAUGCGUUUGAGAAUUCUAUAAAAAGCCAAUCUAUUGAUCUGUAUAAGAACACCGCAGAACUUACCAAUGCACUGCGUGACGCAUACCGUAGUAGGCAUUACAAUUAUGCUGAUAAUAGUCAUCGUCCUCUAUAUGACGAUUUAUCAAGUCUUUCUAUGACAUCGUCGUGUAGUGACCCUAUUAAAAAUACAUUGUGCGCUCCGUAUCUGUCAUCGCUAUCCUGCGACUCCAAUUAUUACCUGGCACUGAAGCAUUCCAACACAUACCUCUCAUGGGCCAUAUACCUCCCUUGGACAUUCUGGGAUCUACUCAACAAUCUGUACAAUGCCUUCUGCUCUAUCACUUGUGCAGAUUGGGGAUGCCGUGGAUGUCUCAGAGGAGACAAGUGCAAGAGUGGCAAGCAUGGUGUCGUUGAGGAUGAGAAGAAACAAGAUGACGUUUGCCAGUGUGAUUCCAUAGUCCAGUGUAAAGGAGUAUCAUCCACAUUCUACCAGUAUGGAUUCAGCUUCGGCGAGGCGUCGACGUUGAAUAGUGGUAGCACAGCGAAGAAGUGUAAGGAUUUCUGCACUCAAUUAUAUAAGGUGUUACAUUCUGAUUAUUUUGUUAAGCUGUUCAAGGAGUGCGACAAUUUCCUAUGGAAAAUCAGGGAACCUUUCAUCUGGAUAUUGUUGUCCCUCUGGUCGCUGUCGCUCCUGUACCUGCUGCACAUCGCCGUCGUCCGCCUCGACGUCCUGAGGAUACGCUCCCACCUGAGAUCGCCCUCAAGCCACCGCAUCGCCGCCCAGUCGCUGCUCGCCGCCGCACGCGUCAGGGCACUCGCCAACAUCAAGUACUUCUCACCAUAA